ACAGGUUUCUCCAUUUUAUAUUGGUAAUCUAAUAAAGCGUGUGUUAAUAUGAAUAUUUCUCUAAAUUAAAAUUAGUGAAAUAAAAAUGCAACUAUUGUGUGUGUCUUUCAAGAAAAUCUUUGCCCAGGAAAUAACAUCAUGAGUUCUCAGUUCUUUAGUUUUAUUUGUGAACUAUUUUUCUGUUUCGGCCUCUUUUUUACUCAAUCUCAAUCGAUGGAUAUCAGCGAAAUUUCAGACAGCCAGCUCUUGAGUGAAAAUUUUGUCGGUUCUCCAAUAGUGCAAGUGAAACAAGGAAAUUUAAGAGGCUCUGUACAACCAAAUAUUGAUGGUGGACAAUACCUCUUAUUUUCGGGAAUCCCAUAUGCUCAACCACCUCUUAAAGAACUAAGAUUCAAAGACCCACAAUCACCGAAACCUUGGACGGGAAUCCACGAUGCUUUUGAAGAAAGUGUCAAAUCAAUGCAGUUUGAUGAAUUUACGAACGAACUCAUUGGUGGCGAAGAUUGUCUUUAUCUCAAUGUGGCGGCAAAUAACUUAACAGGGAAAAAACCUGUUAUGGUGUGGAUUCAUGGUGGUGGAUUUAUGGCUGGUUCUGGUAGCAGAGAUUUGUACAGUCCAGAUUAUCUUCUUAAACAUGACAUUGUUUUCGUUUCCAUCAACUAUCGUCUUGGAAUUUUCGGUUUUCUAAAUAUGGACAUUCAAGAUUGUCCAGGAAACCAAGGAUUAAAAGAUCAAGUUUUAGCCUUAAAGUGGAUUCAGGAAAAUAUAGAAGCAUUUGGUGGCGAUAAAAAUAAUGUGACUAUUUUUGGUGAAUCUGCGGGUGCUGCUGCGGUUCACUAUCACUGCCUAUCGCCCCAAUCAAAAGGAUUAUUUCACAAGGCUAUUAUUCAAAGCGGUGUAGUCGCAAAUACAUGGUCUUAUCAGCCUUCUAACAAGAAAAAAGCAUUUGAAAUAGCAGCAACUUUAGGCAAAACCACAUCUAAUCCUGAGGAACUUGUAGAUUUCCUUCGCUCUGUGAAUCCUGGAGAGAUUUUACAAGUUCAGGAAAGGCUGUAUCCACAGAGUUGGUUGAUGUACGACUUUAAUUUUAUUCCAACAAUCGACAGUAAAAGUGGAAAUCCAUUUUUGCCUGUCCAUCCUUCAGAAUUGAUGAAAAAUGAUAUUAAUAUUCCCUUGAUGAUAGGCUUUAAUAGCCAUGAAAGCAUAAUUCUUCUUUCAGGAGAACAGGAUAAUUGGUACACAAAACUAAACGAAGAGUUCGAUAAUAUACUGGCUUUCGAUUUGAAGCAGGACAUGAACAAAAUUUCUCACUUUUCUAAAGAAGUGAAAAACUUUUAUUUCAAGGAUGAGCCAAUCACAAUAAAACAUCGAGAAGAAUUUGUUCGAUAUAAAGGAGAUGUAGACAUUGUUAUUGGAACUCAGUAUAUAAUCGAGAGACAAAUGCAGAAAACUGCAUUUCCGACUUACGCUUACAAAUUUUCACUCAAUAUAAAAAAUUCUCUAGUGAAGAUAAUGCACAAGAUAGAUAUGGAAGGGGCAUCCCACACAGAUGAACUUUGUCUACUAUUUUAUAUGCCGAUUCUAGGCAAGGAUAAAAAAAUACAGAAAGAUACUGCUGAUUAUUUAGCGAUGCAACGCCUAACAAAAAUGUGGACUAAUUUUGCAAAAACUGGGAACCCUACUCCAGAAAUCAAUAAUGUGAUAUCAGAGAAAUGGUUACCAGUAAAUGGAACCCAGAAAUUUUACAUUGAGAUUUCUGAUCAUCUAGAAAUGAAAAAGAACCCAGAUGAUGAUUCUUGGAAAUUAUGGAAGUCGUUUGUUAAAGACUAUCAAUUAAUAUAGUUCCGCAGCUAAUCUUUCACUAUGAGUAGCUUAUAAUAUUAUUUCUAUUAUAGAGUUGUGAAUUUUUAUUCUUACACCUAAAAUCAACUAUUGUUCCUUAUUCACAUAAAUUACUCGUAAUUCAGUUUCCAUAAAAAAAGAACAUACUUGAAUGUCCUUUUUGUCAUUUGUUUAUUUA